AUGGCAACUUUACGUAAAACCCCAAUUCUCGUGGGAUGCUUGCAGAGGAGUUUUGCCUCGGCCGCCAAGGCUGCAAAGGCGAAGCCCAUCAAAACAGGCUCCUUAUCUGCUGUCGGCGAGUCGAUUGCCGCCAAGGGUUUCCUGCGUCCCCACAAGCCGUACUCUCCACCAGCAGAUGCCGCAGAACGUAUACGCAGCGUGGCCGCCUCCCUUCAGCUGAAAUCCGAUCAGUUGGGAAAUCUCGCCGAGAAGUUUGAGUUCCUGAACGCCUGCUUUAAGGAGCUGCAGCACGGAGUGCCCAGUUCCCAGGUCCAUGAGCUGCGCACCGUCGCGGAUGUUAUAGCCUUCUACCAGACAUCUGUGGACACCACUGUCCCAUUGGAUGCACUGAAGCGCAUCGAUCUCCCAGAGAAUCUGCACAUCCAGUACGAGUACGUGCGCUUCAAUCCCGAGACAGACACCAAAUUCGACGGCCAGACGGCCUUCCCGAAGUCCUCCACGCUGGUCACGGGUCUCAAGUACCGGGAAAAGUACCAGGGACACGAGGCCAAGCGAUCCUGGCCCUAAAAGCAGCCAUUCUUUUAUCUAUUAAAUCUGAAAAUCAGUUAAUGAA